GCUGAAAAUUUUGUUCUCGCAAUAAAACUAUUAGCAGAAAGUUGCAACUUCAAGGAGUUCAAGGAUGAAGCUGUUAGAGAUAGACUCAUUAUUGGUCUUCGUGAUAAAAAACUUCAGCGUAAAAUAUUGAUGGAAGACGAAAUAACGGUUGAAGCAGUAGAAAAGUUAAUCAUUAGCGAUGAAGUUGCAAGCCAGAGAACCAGAGAAAUUGUUGAUCCGAACGACACAGGAGCUAUUUUGUCGGUUAGGCACCGUUUAGGUCAAAGAAAUAAUCACCGCGUUUAUAGACGUUCAGAGCAGCGAAGCAGUAGAUUCCGUUCAAGAAGUAGAAGUCAGGAUCGUGAUGGAAGUCGAUCUGGAAGUGGGGACAGGAACAAUGCGUUCAAGCGAGGUAAACAUGACUGGAAUGGACACAGCAAUGCAGUUUGUAAUUAUUGCAAACGCAUAGGACAUAUUAGGAAAAAUUGUUGGUUUUUAAACAAAAAUUCGGUGAAAUUCGUAAAACAGGUAGACUCUACUGACGAAGUACCAUUUGACAAAUUCAACAGAAUAAGCAUAAACAACUCUAGUGACGAAUCAGAUAUUAAUUGCAUGAAAAUUGGAAGUAACAGCAACGUGAGCGAACCAUGUUUAGUAGAGGUCAUAAUUCAAGGUCGUAGGUUGAUGAUGGAAAUUGACACAGGGUCAGCAGUUGCUGUGAUCAGUAAGACGUUGUAUAGAAAACUUUUUGAUUCUGUUGUUUUGACAAAAUGUAACAAGAAAUUGGUGGUAGUUAACGGUUCUAAGCUUGCCGUUGCUGGACAGCUUCUGGUAAAGGUCAGUCUUAACGGACGUAGUAGUUUGGAAAAACUUGUAAUUUUGAAUACCGAAUCUGAUUUUACCCCUCUUUUGGGAAGAGACUGGAUGGAGAGCUUCUAUCCAGAAUGGAAGUUACACUUCCUGAACCCUGGAGUUAUUAACCAUUUGGGCUUUGACACAUUUCGUGAAAAUGCAAUAGUUAACAUAAAACAAAAAUAUUUUAAAGUAUUUAGUAAGGAUUUUUGCGAACCUAUUUCAGGGUUCAAGGCUGAUCUUACUUUCAAGUCAGAGCAACCAAUUUUUAAACGUGCAUACCAGGUACCAUACAAGCUAAAGGAGAAGUUUUUGAAUCAUCUGGACAUGCUUGAGCAACAAGGAGUUAUAACAGCUAUCAAGGCUAGUGAAUGGGCUUCGCCUGUUAUCGCAAUUUUGAAAAAAGACGGAGAUAUACGCAUGGUAAUUGACUGCAAAGUCUCUUUGAAUAAAGUUUUAAUUCCUGACACUUAUCCUCUUCCACUCGCUCAGGAUAUUUUUGCAUCGUUAGCAGGAUGCAAAGUAUUCUGUUCUUUGGAUCUAACAGGAGCAUAUACGCAGCUCGAGCUAUCGGAUCGUUCAAAGAAAUAUGUUGUAAUUAACACUGUUAAAGGUCUAUACACAUUUAAUCGUUUACCGCAAGGUGCGACAUCAAGUGCGGCUAUGUUCCAGCAAGUCAUGGACCAAGUUCUGAAAGGACUUGAAGGUGUCUGCUCUUAUCUCGAUGACGUCCUGGUUGCAGGUAAAACAAUAAAAGAAUGUUAUGACAAAUUAGUACAAGUACUUGAAAGGCUUGCUAAUGCAAAUGUUCGUGUUAAUUUCAAAAAGUGUAAAUUUUUCGUUGAAUCUCUACAGUAUUUAGGACAUAUGAUCACAAAAGAUGGUUUAUUGCCUUCUCGAGAAAAACUUUUAACAAUUGAAAAAGCUAAAACACCACAGAAUGAAAAUGAGUUGAAAGCUUAUCUUGGUCUUAUUAAUUAUUACAAUAAAUUCAUUCCAAAUAUGUCAUCUAAACUAAGGUGUCUAUACAAUCUUUUGAAGAAAAAUGCAUGUGACAGAAGCAUGUGA